UCUACAGUGCAACCCGGUUUUCUAUUGGUUAGCUUUGUUUCUCAAGUCCUGCUCUCGUCUUUUUUCAGUUACGUAUUACUGGCGGGAACCUUUUAGAUUAAGUCACAGUAUUUGUGUCAGCUUGUGUGUUGUGCUGUAUUUUGAUCACAGAACGUAACUUUCUUUUUUUAAUUUACGAAUUUAUAGAUAAUCAGAUUGGGUAAUGUUAACAGUAAUAUACUAAAUUAGUAAGGAUUAAGAAAUCUAGAAACCAAGGUAACUUUAUAAGCAACCGGGGAUCGGUUUAAAAUGUUGAAACAAAACAAGCUGAAAAAAAAGAAGCCGGACCUGGGCAAAAACCACACAGACAUGGCCUCGUUUUUCCGAAAGAAACCUGGGGCCUUUUCGAAAGGGGAUGGAGUUGAAAAUGUGGCCCCUGUUAGCUUUGGAAGCAACGUGGAUGUAAAAAGGAUGGUUUUUAGUGUUCUGGGUAGCAGCGAUAAAGACAAAAUGAUUACAGCUCUCCCCCAAUCGCCGGUUUUAACAGACGAUGUGUUUUCAGUUCCUGAGACGCCAGACAGCCAAAUCAAACCCUCGAAUUUUGAAAAGCAAGGGGGUGUAUCCCCACUAUCACGAAACCAGCAUUGCAGGGACUUCAAAUCGAAGAAGAAUCUCUCGGGUAGAGGCGCUCUGUUUACAAACAGUACAGCUCAGAGUCACUUGCGCUUGUCUAAAGUGCUGAAUCUGGACAGCGUCAAUAAAUUCAAGUCUCAGAAAAGGACUGUCUGCAGCCCUGAAGAAGUACAGAAAACCAAAAGACUAAAAAUAACCCACGUUAAGAAACCUGCUCUCGGUACCAGUCACCCUUCAAAUGAAUCCUCCGAUAACUUUCUGGGUGAGUGUUUGAAGAUAAUAAGUGAUUCUCCAACAGAAGUGAAAAGCUCUUUGAAUAGGUCAGUGCUUGCCAAAGCAAAUAACAAAACCGGUCGGCUUAAUCUGCAGAAUACAGAGUUUUUAAGAGCUGAAAAAACUGAUGGUUCCCCUUCUAAAACUCGCGUGGGUAAAGAAAAUGCACCUUUAAAGCAAAUUUCGUCCCACUUGCUCUCCAAAAACCUCAUUAAGAACACAAACUCUUCUCGCACUAAUACCAGUCCAGGCAGCUGCAGUGCAAGCAAUGAGGAGAAAACAGUUUUCACUCAAAUUGCUGAACAGAAAGACAGCAUUCGCUUCGACUUUUGUGACAAACGACCUGAAAGCAAAACCCAAGACCACCUUCCAGCUUCCAGCUGCACGACAGUCCCAAAGUCAGUGGAUAAAAGAGAUGGCGUUGCUGGGAGGAUCCUUGCAUUCCCAGAUUGGGAGGCCGGGAAUGCAGCAGCUGUUCCACUCGAUGUGCUGGAUGAAAAGCCUUGUCUGAAGGGGAGCGCCGAUUCGGAAUUGGCUGAAGAUGAACCAGGGGAUAUGGAGGCGUGCUGGUUUGAUGAUGUCAUGGAGCAGAGUGAUCCAGAACCUGAGGAGAAGAAGCCUGAUCUAAAGAAGAAGAAAGGGGUCCCUGAUCAUGCUGUUCUGAGUCGAGGUCUGCACAACAGAUACUGGGUUGUGUCUGUGAAGGAGGUGCCAGGCCUGAGGGGGUACCCUGAGAAACACUUGAGCAUCACAGCCUCCCAGUGCGCAGAACACACUGAGCUCUGUAUCCUCCAGGAUGACUGGGAGUCGGCUCCAGUGAAACAAGGUGACAUCAUUCACCUGGAGGGAGAGUGCAGCUCGGAUUCCUGGGUGCUGCAUAGGGAUGCUGGGUACCUGGUUUUAACGCCAGACCUGCUCAUCUCUGGAACCAGCAUUGCUAACAGCAUACGCUGCAUGAGACGAGCGGUGCUGAGCGAACGGUUCAAGGCCUUUGACAAAGGCACGAAGCAGAUGCUAGUUGGCACCAUUGUUCACGAAAUCUUCCAGAAGGCAGCUGUUUCCUACGGGUUUGCAGAGGACAGGCUGCAGGAGUUAACUUCCAAAACUCUUCUUGGACCGAAGUACCUUGGAGAAAUGUACAGCCUAAAGCUAAGUCAAGUGGAUGUGAGACAGGAAAUCGAGGAGUACUUGCCUUCGCUCUCAAGCUGGGCGAGGCAUUACUUUCACACAUCCCCCGAGGCUGGCAAGAGACAACUGCAGCUUCAACUACCAGGCGAUGGAAAUCUGAGCAAACAGGAUGCGGCCAGCACUGUCACAGUCACAGAGUUCCUGGAUAUCGAAGAGAACAUCUGGUCCCCUCGGUUCGGCUUGAAGGGGAAGAUGGACCUCACAGCCGGUGUGAAAAUCCACAGCAGAUCGAGAAACCGUCAGCUUGUUAUGCCCCUGGAGCUUAAAACCGGCAAAGAAUCAAACUCCAUUGAGCAUCGUAGCCAGGUUAUUUUAUACACGCUCAUGAGCCAAGAACGCAGGACAGACCCUGAAGCUGGAUUCCUCAUCUAUCUCAAGACUGGCCACAUGUACCCUGUCCCGGGCAACCACAUGGAUAGAAGAGAGCUGCUGAAGUUAAGGAAUACAAUGGCCUACUACCUUACCAACACUUUAGAGCACGACGAGAAGCAGGCGCCACACCUAGCACCGCUGCCUCCUGUUAUAAACGACAGAAACGGCUGCAAAUUCUGCUCUCAGAUGCGAAACUGCGCACUUUACAGCAGUGCUGUAGAAAGAGAGAGAGGGCAGCUUCCCCCUGAAGACAUGCAGUCUCUUCUGAAUCAGGAGAGUCAACACCUCAAGGAGAUGCACUUCCAGUACUUCAGCCACUGGUACCUGCUGUGUGCGCUGGAGAGCCGGACCAUGGAGCGCAAAGGGGGCCGCAAGAAUAUAUGGCUGCUUUCAGCUGAGGAGAGAGAGAAGAGCGGUGGGUGUGUUGGAGAUGUUGUCCGGACAGGCCAUGUCCAAGCGGUUUCAGACACCCAGUACCUGCAUCAUUUUCAGAGCAGAAGCGGCGUGAUUUCGGAGAGCUCUCUGGCGGUGGGUGAUCGAGUCGUGGUGAGCGACCAGCAGAAGAAGCUGAUUGCCUUGUCUGCUGGGUACAUCACUGAUGUGAGCCGCGUCCGGAUAAGCUGCACACUGGACCGAAACCUUUCGAAGCACCCCUUGGACAUGGUGUUCAGACUGGACCAGGAUGAGGGGAUUGGAGGCAUGGACACACACCUGGGAAACCUAUCCAAGCUCAUGGAGAACUCCUCGUCCAGUGGGAAGCUUAGAGAGCUGAUUGUAGAAUUCCGCCCCCCUCAGUUCAUUCAGCAUCUGAGCAACGUAUUGCCUCGCGAAGCCAAGGACACUGUGGCCAACAUCUUAAAGGGACUGAAUAAACCGCAGAAGCAGGCUAUGAAACGAGUGCUGCUUUCCAAAGAUUAUACUCUUAUAGUGGGAAUGCCUGGGACAGGGAAAACAACCACCAUAUGUACUUUGGUGAGAAUCCUCCAUGCCUGUGGUUUCAGUGUGCUCGUUACCAGCUACACUCACUCAGCUGUUGACAACAUUCUUCUCAAGCUGUGCAAGUUUCAAAUUGGUUUUCUGCGUCUGGGGCGACUUCAGAAGGUCCACCCUGACAUCCGGAGCUUCACGGAUGAGGAGAUAUGCCGACGGAGAUCUGUUCAAACCCUGCCGCAGCUGGAAGAGGUGUAUAACAGCGAGCUUGUGGUGGCAACCACCUGUAUGGGUGUGAAGCACCCCAUCUUCAGCCGGAGACGCUUCGACUUCUGCAUCGUGGACGAAGCCUCUCAGAUCAGCCAGCUCAUCUGCCUGGGCCCCCUCUUCUUUGCUGACCGCUUUGUGCUAGUUGGGGACCAUCAGCAGCUGCCACCGAUCGUCCAAAACACAGAAGCCAGGGCUCUUGGCAUGGAUGAAAGUUUGUUUAAACGUCUGGAGCGCAACAGUGAUGCGGUAGUCCACCUGAACGUGCAGUACAGAAUGAACAGCAAAAUAAUGUCUCUGAGUAAUAAGCUGGUGUAUGAAGGCAGGCUGGAGUGUGGCUCCGAGAGAACAGCCUCCGGUGUGGUCCAGCUGCCUGGGAGAAGCUCUCUGCAGCUGGAGUUAACGGCAGGCUGUGCUGAAAGUUCCUGGUUAAAAGAAACAUUGGAGCCAAACCACCCUGUCUGCUUCCUGAAUACAGUAGAGGUUCCCGCUCCAGAGACAGCAGAACAAGGUGGAAUAAGUAAUGUUACAGAGGCGGCAUUGGUGCGCUGCAUAGUAACCAUGCUGCUAAAGGCUGGAUGCAAAGCGUCCAAUAUUGGGGUAAUCGCUCCGUACAGGCAGCAGGUGCGGGCGAUCUCUGCCUGGCUGGCAGGCCCUGGGUUCAGUGCAGUGGAGGUGAACACUGUUGACAAGUACCAGGGCAGAGACAAGAGCGUCAUCAUUGUGUCUUUUGUGAGGAGCAAUGAUGGGAAUCUUGGAGAACUUCUGAAAGACUGGCGUCGUCUCAAUGUGGCGAUCACAAGAGCGAAGCAUAAGCUAAUCAUGCUUGGAUGUGUUCCAGUGCUGCUCCGCUACGCACCCCUGGAGAGACUGCUGCGUCACAUGGAAAACGAACACAUGAUAUCCUUUUAGUUUUAAAAAUGAUUU